GCUAACAGGAAGUUGUCGAGCGCAUUGUUUGACUAAACUUCUCCCUGAUCAUAUGUGAGGGAUGUUUUCAGUCCUUCCACGUAACAAAGCUCAAACUACGCUGCUGGAAUUUAUUUGCAGGACAUUUCUGGGUGUAGAGGGAAUCCUCCUGAGCCGAUAUUCAGGUUGAAUUUGUGUGUUUUUCUUUUCGAGCUAGCCUGAGUGCUAAGUCCGAAGCUCGGGUUUGUUUACAAUGAAUCAGCUGAUUAGAGUGAGAGAGGCGCGAGAGCUUCACGAGCUGCUCUAAGAUCUCUUAGCUGAAUGUGAGGGACAGGAGGAGGAGAGCUGAGAAGAUGCCAUGCACCUGUGGGAACUGGAGGAGAUGGAUCAGACCUCUGGUGGUGCUGCUCUACAUCCUGCUCCUGCUCGUGGUGCUCCCUCUGUGCAUAUGGGAGCUGCAGAAAUCUGAGGUCGGCACUCACAACAAAGCCUGGUUCAUCGCAGGCAUUUUUGUUUUUAUGACAAUCCCCAUAUCACUUUGGGGGAUACUCCAGCACCUCGUGCACUACACCCAGCCUGAGCUACAGAAACCUAUAAUCAGGAUAUUAUGGAUGGUUCCCAUAUACAGCUUAGACAGCUGGAUCGCGCUGAAGUACCCGAGCAUCGCUAUCUACGUGGACACGUGCAGAGAGUGCUAUGAAGCCUACGUCAUUUACAACUUCAUGAUCUUCCUGCUGAACUACCUGGAGAAGCAGUAUCCCAACCUGAUGACGAUACUGGAGGUGCAGGAACAGCAGAAGCACCUGCCCCCACUCUGCUGCUGCCCACCCUGGCCCAUGGGAGAGGUGCUGUUGCUGAGAUGUAAGCUGGGCGUUCUGCAGUACACUGUAGUGAGACCCGUCACCACCGUCAUCGCUUUGAUCUGUCAGCUCUGUGGGGUUUACGACGAAGGCAACUUCAGCUCGAAAAAUGCCUGGACCUAUUUAGUGAUCAUGAACAAUGUCUCCCAGCUCUUCGCCAUGUACUGCCUGGUGCUGUUCUACAAAGCGUUAAGAGAAGAACUCGGCCCGAUCAAACCCGUGGGCAAAUUCCUGUGCGUCAAACUCGUCGUGUUCGUGUCCUUCUGGCAGGCGGUGCUCAUUGCGUUACUGGUGAAGGUGGGAGUAAUUUCUGAGACUCACACCUGGGACUGGGACAGCGUGGAGGCCGUGGCCACCGGACUGCAGGACUUCAUCAUCUGUGUGGAGAUGUUCCUGGCCGCCAUCGCCCAUCACUUCAGCUUCACCUACAAGCCGUACAUUCAGGAGGCGGAGGAAGGCUCCUGCUUCGACUCGUUUUUGGCCAUGUGGGACAUGUCGGACAUCCGCGCCGACUUCUCAGAGCAAGUGCGCAACGUCGGUCGGACGGUCAUGGGCCGGCCCAGAAAGAAUUAUUUCGGCAAUGACGCGGAUCACGAUGAACACAGGGGGCUGCUGUCCUCCGGCUCCCAGGACGCCGGCGUCACCGAGGCGUCCUCCACUCCUCCGUCUCCAUCGGGUCACUAUCAGGGUCUGGGACACACCCGGGCCCCUCACUCCCGCUCGGCCCCCGCCGAACUCUGCUCCACACCCUGGGUGGGGGACGUAGACGACAUAGACGACGUGGAUGACAUCACUCCCACGGUGCUGUCCGGGAAUCCCAAAAAGCAGUCACGCGCUCACAACGCUCAAAUCACUUAACGCACGAUUUCAGAUUGAUGCCAGUAUCUGGUGUACAGGUUAAUAAGGCACACUGGGGACUUUAGCCAGCUUGUUUCCUCCUGGUUUUUAUUCAUUUUAACAAAAUGUAAUCUUUUUUAUUACUAUUAUAAUUGCACAUCAUGUACAAUAAUGUCUGCUCUCUUAGGACCGACUAAACUGUUUUUUUUUUUCCUAAUUGCUAAAAAAUGUAUCGGCACUAUUUAUACCUAGCCGUUAUGUCCUCUGCACAACUGCAUGUAUAACGCCGAGUGUCCUCGUGGCAUUAAUGCGGAUGGAAUGUCCAGUUCAGCUGUUAACUGAAAAUGUCAUGAUGUAAUCGGUGUUUACCGGUUACACCAACGCAAUGCCAAAGUGGUCAGUUUUUUUGUUUUGUUUUUUAAAGUGUGAGGAAAAAGCUAAACAGUUGAGCACAAUGUACUCGAAAUGCAUGAAGCUUUAUUUCCUGCUCUGCUUCUUUUCUGAAUAUGAAGACCUCAUAGAUAUUCCGUUGGCAUUCUUUCCAUUUUUAUGGUUGCUUCAUAGAGAUGGGUGGAACAAUCGACUCACAAUUCUUUUAUGUUGCACCGCUGACUCCAAAAUCUUUUUUUUUUUUUUUACAAUUAAAUUUUACUAACCUCUGUUUUGCAUGGUAAAAUGCUGCACUUCCCCAUAAUCCUACGGCUGGUGCACUCUAAACUUCAUUGGAAAGUAACACAACAUCUGAAUAUUUAUAAAAUUGUGAUACUUAAAGAAUAACAAUACACGCUGGGGUAUCGUGAUAAUAUUGUAUUGCAGAGUCCAUGGUAGGGAUUUCCAUCCCUAUUGAUUUAUUCCUAUAGCUAUAAAAGGUUGCUUUUACUACAAAAUGUAUUUGCUACAAGGCUAAUGAAGCUAACAAUUAAGCACAGGUGGUAUCAUCGGACAGUUUAGCAUUAGCAUUACAAAUUUUGUUUCUCUACAAGAACAAUACACUUGUAUUGCACGGAACGAUGCACACUAGCUUCUGGUAGCAGUUAAUUUCACUUAAUGUAAUUAAUUUGCCUCGUUUGGCCAAUAGAAGGAAAGACGGUGACUGGGGAGCUUUUGAGUUGAAUACAAAACCAGGGAGAUUGAUUUUUUUUUGUUCUUGUUGGUGUCACAUGUGAACAUACAGUAGGUUCUACUGGACUUUCUGUGGAACAGCUCUGGUAUUUAUGGCAGAUCAGUGUCUUAAGGUUCUGAAUUACUGAUCUGGAGGGCGGCAGUUCAAGCCCCAGCUCCACCAGGUUGCCGCUUUUGGGUCCUUGAGCGAGGCCCUUAACCCUGUCUGCUUCAAGGGUACGGCAAAAUGGCUGACCCUGUGCUCCGCCCUCAGCCCACUAACAUUAAGCUGGGGUAUGCAAAGAAAUAAAGAGUUUCACUGUGCAGUAAUGUAUGUGUGACCAAUAAAGGGUGAACUUUCA